ACACCUUUCAUCGUCCACCGACAGCAACCCGAAGACUCUGACCCCGACGGCCCUCGCUCCCGCCGACGUACUCACCCCCGCACCCGUUUGCUACCCGCCUGCUUCAGCACCUCCGCGUCCGACGGCCACCUCGUUCCCUCCACUCCACACCACCAACCAUGGCCGCGCGGAUCCAGCAAGGCGCCCGCCCUGGAGGGACCCGCUUCGCACAGUUCAAGCUGGUACUCCUAGGUGAAUCCGCCGUAGGAAAGAGCUCGCUCGUUCUACGGUUUGUAAAGGACCAAUUCGAUGACUACCGAGAGUCGACCAUCGGCGCCGCUUUCCUCACCCAGACCAUCGCCCUCGACGAAACCACCACAGUCAAGUUCGAGAUAUGGGACACCGCCGGACAGGAGCGAUACAAGUCUUUGGCACCCAUGUACUAUCGGAAUGCCAACUGCGCCGUGGUAGUUUACGACAUUACGCAAGCAUCCUCUCUAGACAAGGCGAAGGCGUGGGUCAAGGAGCUCCAGCGACAAGCCAACGAGAACAUCAUCAUCGCCCUCGCAGGCAACAAGCUGGAUCUAGUAACGGAGAGCCCGGAUAAGCGUGCCAUCACCACCGUCGACGCAGAGCAGUACGCCAAGGAAGCCGGCCUGCUGUUCUUCGAGACUUCCGCCAAGACUGCUGAGAACGUGCGGGAACUCUUCACUGCGAUCGCUAAGAAGCUGCCGCUGGACCAGGCUGGCCCACGAAACAUCAGGUCGGGCCCCGGCGGGCGCCAGGGCGUCAAUCUGAGGCCAGAAGCGAACCAAGCGCAAGGUGCAGGAGGAUGCAAUUGCUAGAUUGCCCCGAGAGGGUGUGGUGCUUGUGGUCUCAUUGAUAUUCGUGGGUUCGAUUCGUCUUGUGUGCAAACAUUCUCCAUAUGGGCUUGGAGGAAGCGCUGCGGGAGAGGGAAUAGGGUGGCUAGAAGAAGUCCCUCGAUUCUCAGUGCCUUGUCUUAUCUGUUUAGGCUGUGGUUUAGUUGGCUUAUUGGGCCUGGAGCAUCGGGCGCAGUUUUCUAUAAGAGUUGAGGGAGUUUGGUGUUGCUCUUAGUACCUAACUAAUCACAGCUUUACGGGUUGACACCGUUUGAAGUGUGCCUAAGUGAGCUCCCACGG